CAGAAGAAUGACGCAUGUCGAAAGGAAUGCCGGGAAAACGUCUGUAUGUGUGAAUGAGUCCCAUUAGCCUCGUCUAACCGCUACACGAGCACAAUUUUCUGUUUACAACAAGCAACAUAAUUUGAAAUGGCGGGAAGCGCUGGGGAAUGGUGUCUUAUGGAAAGCGACCCGGGGGUUUUCACAGAGCUGAUCAAGGGCUUUGGGUGCAAAGGUGCACAGGUUGAAGAGAUAUGGAGCAUGGAGCCAGAAAACUUUGAAAAUCUCAAGCCCGUUCAUGGUCUGAUUUUCCUCUUCAAGUGGCAACCCGGUGAGGAGCCAGCGGGGUCUAUAGUUCAAGACUCAAGGCUGGAUCAGAUCUUCUUCGCCAAGCAGGUCAUCAACAAUGCCUGUGCGACCCAAGCGAUCGUCAGCGUGUUGUUAAACUGCACACAUUCCGAUAUGCACCUCGGAGAAACGCUGACAGAAUUUAAAGAGUUCUCGCAGAGUUUUGAUGCUGCGAUGAAGGGUCUUGCUCUCAGUAACUCUGAAGUGAUUCGACAAGUUCACAACAGCUUCGCCAGACAACAGAUGUUUGAGUUUGACGCAAAGUCUUCGGCUAAAGAAGAGGAUGCUUUUCAUUUCGUGAGCUACGUUCCUGUUAACGGCCGACUUUAUGAGUUGGACGGACUUCGUGAAGGACCCAUAGAUCUGGGUGCUUGUAACCAGGAUGAUUGGAUCAGUGCUGUACGGCCCGUGAUUGAGAAAAGAAUACAGAAAUACAGCGAGGGUGAGAUUCGAUUCAACUUGAUGGCCAUCGUUUCAGACCGCAAGAUGAUUUAUGAGAAGAAGAUCGCUGAAUUGCAGGCCCAGCUCACAGAGGAAGAGCCGAUGGACACGGACCAGAGUGGAAACCAUCUCAGCUCUAUCCAGUCAGAGAUCGCCAAGUAUCAGCUCCUGAUCGAAGAAGAGAACCAAAAGCUUAAAAGAUACAAAAUUGAGAACAUUAGAAGGAAGCACAACUACCUGCCCUUCAUAAUGGAGUUAUUGAAGACAUUGGCUGAAUAUCAGCAGCUGAUACCACUAGUGGAAAAGGCAAAGGAAAAACAAAGUGCCAAAAAAAUACAAGAAGCCAAGUAACUCCACAUUGUUAGACCCGGUUUAAUUUUAUGCCACGGAAUAUCUUGAUGUGCAUUUGUCUUCAGUAUCCAUAAAAGGAGCACCUGGAAGUGAAGUCUUACUGUCAUUUCCUUCAUGUCUGUGCAUGCAUGCGACGAUAUGUUCAUAUAAUGUCUUAUUUUCAUAUAAAUUUCAUUUGUUCAGUAAUAGUGUUGUUUCAUGUUUCUUUUCUGGGUAAAAGAUGAUAAAUGAGUCUUAAAUUGCUGUAAUAUACUGUACAUUAAAGCACUAAUUUAUCUAUUA